AGGGCAUUUUCGGAUCUGAUGCUCAUUCUCCGCUGCUACGGGCGCUGUUGACGCUUACUGCAGCCGUUUCAUUGAAGAGUGCGUCAGCUGCGAUGGAGCGUCCCAUUCAACUUCCCCUUCUCUCAGACGGCUCAGUUGGUCACACAGCUUGACCGAGUGGGUGCUCUCACACAAGCUUGCCUUGUGUCCUAGAAUGCAUGGAGCGAAUGACCACCAGACGACAUGGAAAUGAUCUUGCUGACUGUUGGUAGCCUCCUGCUCAUCUCGGCAGUGCCGCCGGCCGUUGCCUUUCUCCCCUCGCACCGCAUCAUGUCGCAUCAGCCCUCUCACAGGCACCUGGUGCCGUCCGUUCAGCCUCUCGCCCAGCCACGGCAAAGAAUAUUUCAGCGUGCAGCGGCCAGCCGACGCCAUGCGGUCCAAAAGCGUCAAACGUCUGGGCAGCUCUGGCAGCUGAGGAAGGUGCAGGCGUCGUAUGAGCGCCUUGUGGGAGAGAAGGAUGUGAUUAUAGACGCCUGGGUCUACCAGUACCUGUCCACGAUCGAGAGGGUCAUCGCGUUCGGCAUCUUCGACAGCUUUGUGGCCAACGCGCUCGUCAACAGCGGCCUUCAAGACGGAUGGACCUACGAGUGAGAAUGUGUGUGUGUGGUUAGAUGCAGUCGGGCAGAAAGAAAGAAGCUUGAAUGAAUGACCCGUGUGAGCGAGCACUCGUAUGUCCACUCUAUGGUAUGGUGUUUAUCAAUGUGUGUAGGAAUGUGAUCUGCACGCCCCAGGUAGAGCAAAUUGAGGCGCUGGGAGGCAUCAUCAACCAUCGGAGCCUCGAUCAGGUAAGCGACUCUGCCUGCCUGCCUGCCUGUUGGUUCAUCCGUGUGUGCAGGUGGGUGACCACAAGCUGCGUUUGAUGGUCGAUACACACCACCAGUGCUGCAAAGAUGAGCGACACUUCGUCGAGUUCUACCAGGACUUGUCCGAAGAACUCGCCAAGCGUGAGCGGGCAGAAGCAUCGCACACUGUCGUCGAAUUCGUCUCUCUCUCUCUCUCUCUCUGUGUGUCUGUGUGUGUGUGUGUGUGGCGUUGGCCUUAUUGCACCAGCUGAGUACGACUUGUGGGGCAUUUGUCAGCCCAUCUACAUCAGAAUGCCUCAGGACGACCUCUGCCGUGCCAUGGUCAGUACACACACACUCACACAAACGGCCCCCUGCCGAUUCGAUUGCCCACGUGUGUCGUGUGUAUUUGUAUGGGGUGUGCAUUCACUCACUUAGGAGACCAUCAUCGGGUCGAUGGGCCUCGAGACAUCCCGGAAGGACUUCCACGGGCCGAUUGACAGACAAAUGGAGCUAUUCGAGCAAGAACGGCAGGCGAAACUCAAGACGCUUGCCGAGCAGAAAAUCUGAUGGGCAGCAUAAACGCUGGCAGCCCAUCCCACACAGAGAGAGAGGGCGGGGGACUCAUCAAUCCACACACAAGUGCGCACCAGGGUUGUGCGUCGGUUGUGGUCUGUCCAUUAGAUCGUGUGUUGCCUGCGCUCGCUGUCCAAUUGUCGCCUGGCAAUGCGAUGGAGGUGUAGAAUGAGCGUCUUUGCUGUCUGUCUUAUUUAUGCUCAGUUUGAUUUGUGAGCAAUUAGUGUUAGACGUGGACCGAUUCUCACCGGCAGAUCGACCAGACCACUACCAUGAUGACAUGACCUGCACGUGCAGCGAGUGUGUCGCGUCUCUACGUCAUGUAGACAUGCGAUGAAUGAAUGGAGUGCGAUAUCGA